UUGACAUAAGUUUGUUUACCACAAAAUUUGAAGAAAUCUUUAGUCGUAAAUUGUCCAAAUUAAAUGCAUUUAGUUAACAACUACUAAAUAAAGUUUACCAUUUACUUCAACUUAAAAUAAUAAUAGUAAAAAACCAAAUAUGGAUGAAUUUCUCGCUACUACGUCUAAUAAACUGAAAACCAACAACUAUGCAGAUCUGACAAUCGUAUUAGGUAACGAAAGUUGUGAUCUAGAUUCCGCAGUUAGUGCUUUAGUUUAUGCUAUGUUUUUAAACUGGCAAUACGAAAGAAUCAAAUGUAAAGUGUGCACAAGGGAGAAGAGAGUUGAUCAUAAAGAUAGUAUAUUUGUACCAGUACUUGAUGUUAAGAGAGAAGAUUAUACUUUAAAGACGGAAGUAGCUUAUUGUUUGAAGGAAAAUAAUAUUAAUGAAGAUCAUUUAGUGUUCAGGGAUGAUAUAGAUAUAAAAAAUCUCCUAACAAAUAAAACAAAUAUAAUAUUAGUGGACCAUCAUUUAGUUGCAAAGAAAUAUGAUUUUCUCGUACCGUAUGUCAGUGAAAUUAUCGAUCAUAGACCAAGAGACAAACAAUGGUAUUAUAAAGAUGAUACACGAUGUACGAUUGAAAAUGUUGGCUCUUGUACUACAUUGGUAUGUCAGAGAAUAAAAGAUUUAAGUUCAUUGAUGAAUAAAGAUAUAGAAUUUUUUACGACAUAUCCUGAAUGUUGUAGAUUACUAUAUUGUACUAUAUUACUGGAUACGGUAAACUUUUCAAAAGAUGUGAAUAAAGGAACAGCACACGAUAAAGAAAUGGUAUUAUUUUUGGAGACAAUUUUAAAACCUGAUGAUAGAGAGAAUUUCAGGAAAUCUACAGUAGACAAGUUGGUAUACGCAAGAAGUGACGUCACGAAAUUGACAGCAGAGCAACUUUUAAAAAAAGACGUGAAAAUUGUCGGUGACGUAUUAGUACCCAGCUUUCCUAUACCAGUUAAGGAAUUUUUGAAUAAACCUGGUGCUCUGCUGGCAGUCAGUGAAGCCCUAAAUAUUCGGGGCUGCGCCAUCGCAUUGCUACUUGGUAUGAGGUUGACUCCAAGUCUUUUAAGAGACGUGGCUGUGUACUCUACUAAUUGUACAGAGAAAGCUACAAAGCUGGCAAAUAAUUUGCAAGAAUGCAAUAAUCCAACAUUUGGUUUAAUCCCGGAAGUAUUUGAUGAUGUGAGCAACUGUUUUUAUUAUAAUCAAACUAAUUUGAGUUUGACGAGAAAGCAAUAUAUGCCUGUUUUGACGAAUUUCUUACAAAAUUGUAAAGAAUAAAAAUAUAAAUAUAU